GAGCAAGCAGGACCACCGCUGAAAUGGCCACCAAACUUUUGGAUCUGGUGUACUGGCGUAACAUUUGGAGGACUGGUGUGGUGUUUACAGGGCUGGUAAUCGGUCUAGCCAGCUUGUUCCAGCUUAGUGCCCUCACUGUGGUCUCCCACGUCUGUCUGGGUAUCAUGUGCAUCACCUUCCCCCUCCGUCUUUAUUAUAAACUGCUGGAGCUGCUGCGCUGGAACCCCGGCGUUCAUCCCUUUCAGUCAUGUCUGGAUUAUGACAGCUCUCUGACAAAUAAGGAGACAGUGAUGCUGGUAGAGGAAACGGUGUUGCUGAUUGCAUUUGCUGUCACAGAGAUCAAACGGCUUAUUUUCAUUGAAAGCAUAAUUGACUCUAUUAAGUUUGUUGCGUUUCUCUAUCUGCUGACCUAUGUUGGUGUCCAAACUAACGGACUGACCCUGGUGAUAACUGCUGUGAUCGCUGUUUUCUCCCUUCCUCUGCUGUACAAAAAGCAGCAGGUGCGGAUAAGAAGGAUAGUUAGAGCAGUCAGAGCUUUUGUAAAGAGAGUCAAAAAUCGGUUCUCCAGUCUGUAUGAAUCAGUGAGGCCCUCUCCAGCACCUGCACCAAAACCUGCACUUGCAGCUACAAAUGUGCCCAAACAGAAAGUCAAGUCAAAGUAACUUGUUGGUCGCAUGUUGAAAAGUACUUGGGAUUUGGAAAAGACUGGAAUGGCACAUCCUCUGCGGGGCCGCUGGAGGGGCUGCUCGUUUCCACUUCUCCACCAUGAUGUUUGUUUAUGGGAGCAAGAUAUAAUUGAUCCUGACAGCUUAAACAAAGCUGCCAUUCACUGAAGGAGAGAGAAGGGAGGUGCAUGAGGAGGGGAAUUUUAUUUAAUGUGAUGCUCUCUGUGGGCAGUGUCUAACAGAACCAGUUCACACAGUCAUCCUCUUCAAGUAGGCUAUGGAUGGCACAGAACAUCACAGCUUUUUUUUUUUUUUCUUCAAUAACAAGUGUAUUUUUACAUAACUAGUGCACCGUGUUCCUGUUAAACUGUGGAAGUAUUUAUAACGAAGCCCUGCAGCAUUUUUGCUGCUUUUAUUAUGAAGCAUCAUUCGUUGUUAGCUGGACAGAGUAAAAAGACAUGAACAUCACCUGCUACUAAUCAGUAUUAAUAGUGCUGCAUUUGCUAAGUCGAGGAAAAAGCUUUGUAAGCAGCAACUCCUACAACUUUUAAAAGACUUACAUGGGAAAUAAUGGGGGCGUUCUCCUUUGAUCUUAGUGCCAAUCGCUUUUAAUUAGAAACAAGCAGUGACUUCAGAUUGUGCAGAAAACGGUUUGCUGAUUAAAAAAACCUUUUUGGAUGAGAGCUUAGACUGUAAACAAAAGAUGGAUAUAGCCACUGUGAAAUCACUCCUUGGUUUGUGAAGUUUCAAAAUAUCACCGUGUUAGCUUUUUGAAACCGGAUGACGCGAGCACAGGGUCUGAUUGUGUAACUGGGGGACACUGCACGCUCAUUGGCUAAUGACUUUUCAAUCACAUGGUAAAGCAUUCCUUGCUUUACUGUCCUUCUGGACACUAAUAUGGAUAAUUUACAAACUUUAUGGUUUAUUUAAUAAGUAGCGACUGAGCCCAACAACUCAGCAGAGAAGUGCUUGUUUAGGUCACAGAGCAAAGGAGCUGAGGAUCGUUUUCCUGUACACUUACCUGACCAGGAGUCGCCCCCCUGCUGGUAAUUAGAAAGAAAGCAAGCUUAAGGCACUUCUGCACUGACUUAAUGUUUAGACCCAGAAAAUAUUUAAAUCUUUUAUAUACAGUCUAUGGAUAAGAGUAAAUGUUAUUUAUGCUCCAGCAAUUUAGAUGUUGGUUUAAAUUUAUGAUAACAGUGUCUAGCCACUGGUCAAAGGCACACAAAAAACCUCAACACUAACACCUUUUAAGUUGAUAUGGCAAAUCUAUAAUCAAACAGAUGUCUAUUUACACAUUCAGCAGAGAUAUGGAGCAACAUCAGCAUUAAUGUGGAGGUUUUUUUUUUCUGUGUACAGAGUAAAAACAAGCCCAAUAUUCACUCUUCUUAAGUCCUGUUACAUCUGACCUCUCUUAUUAUUUGAUGUCAUAAUGGCUGCAGUGAAAAACACUUGGUUUCCUUGCUAGCUGUCAGCCUUACUCUCUGGUGCUGCACUGGUGUAAAAUGGGUGGGUUUACUCUGGGGUCUUUGGAAACAGCUGCCUGCUAUAUUUAAACAUGACAUCAUGGGAGUGGUGAGAGUAAACCAUAGUUUGUGUAGAACUACCAUGACAUCAGCCACUGGUUAGUAAAGUCCUGUUCUGAAGCCUAGAACAAGCAUUUUCACCACCACCAUCUUGGUGUUUGAAAUACGAUGUAAGAAAGGGGGGUGGGUCAGACUGUGAAACUGCAUGCUCACUGGCUAACAGCUUAUCAGUCACAAGUUGCUAGCCAAUGAGCAUACCCUGGGUAAUCCUCCUUAUGACAUUUCUGACAAAUUUACAAAAUGGACUAAUUUUAUUCAGUUUUACCCAAAACAAGCGACGGAGCCACAAACUAAUCAGGAAAGGAAAGUUUUCUCAUAGACGUGUAAUGAACCUGAGGUUUUUUAGGAUCCACAGGUAUCGAUCCAUAGUGGCCAUUAAAAGGAAUGCAGGUCCAAAAAAGACAAGUGCUUGAAGGAAAGUUUGACACUGAGGCAGAGAUCACUUGAGGAAGCCAUUAAAUCCCAUUUAUAUUCUUAAGUUGGUGCAGUUUUAGGAAUUUUAUGGAAAUAUCAGCACUGAUGGCAGAAUUGUGGAGAUCAUUUCUUCAGUAUCAAUUUAACACUUUCAGUGAGGAUCUGAUGUUGGUACUGGUACAGCUGUUUUGGUGGCACCAAAAUCCCCCCCCCCAAAAACCAAUACAUCAUUAUAACAUUACAUGGGACAACUUGAGAAGCACUGAAACAAAACUGUAGUACCUUUAGUGUAACUCCAUAAAAUGCACUUCAGUUGUGAUCUAACUUAGAGAGCUCUGCUUGUUAACUUUGUGUGUGUUACAAUUUUACCCCACAUUCUCGUUAAGAAAUAAUCAAUACCACUAUACACUGUAAAGACCAGUGUAGAUAGAUAAUGGGUGAUUUUGUACAAUAAAAGUUUGGGUGAAGUUUUCCUUUAUUGUAACAAACAGCUGCCAAACCUGAGCCAGUUAAAUUGUGAGCAGCAGUGCUGUUUAAGCCAGAGAGCUCCUAUUAGUGUAUCAGAUCAGGGUUAAAGACUGUAGUUCUUUCUAAUGGUCAAGGUUUUAGACCAUAGAACUGAAGCUGCUGCUCAUACUAACAUGUCUUAAUGAGCGUGCAAUAAUCAUAUUGGAUGUAUGGAUUUACAGAUAGUUAAACUUUUAUUUGCCCAGAUUAUGCAGUCAACAUAUUCUGAUAAGUCUUAUUUUAAAGUUUUCUGUACUCUUAGUGCCAGAAAAAAUUUUUUAUUUGCCCACCUUCACCAUAUAUGAAAAGCAUCAAAACUUGGACAAAAACAAAAAACCGUGAGAAGUAACUGAUAACAAAUAUAUUGA